AUGCCUUUUGCCAUUCGUCGUCAUCGAGAUUGGUUGUUUAGCGUUGGGGAUGAUCGAGCACUUCGUGUUUGGACAAUGGACGGACUUCAGAUUGGCGAAAUAUAUGGACACGGUGCUCGCCCUUUUGUUCUGGAACUUUUUGAACGAGAAAAAAUGGCUUUUACGGGUGGGGUUGAUGAGUAUUUAAAUGUGUGGAGAUGGACAGAGGAUGAUGAUCAUAAAAGGAUUGACUUGAGGUUGGAAAGACGUAUUGAAUUUGGUUCGGAUUCGCUUGGCACAAUUCAAAGCAUUCUUCCAAUUUUUAAAAAUGAUUCGAAGAUUCUUAAUUUGGUAUUUUCUAAAAAAAAUUAA